GCUCUACCCGAACUCACCCUCAUCGUAGCAGCCACCCAGCAAAUGGGCAUCGGCCGCAACGGAGGGCUCCCCUGGACAGGCCUCAAGCGGGAGAUGGCCUACUUUGCGCGAAAGCCGCCGGCGGUGCAGAACGCGGUCAUCAUGGGCCGCAAGACGUGGGAGAGCAUCCCGCUCCGAUUCAGGCCCCUUCCGGGGCGUCUCAACGUCGUUGUCUCGCGCAGUGCUGCCUCACAGCACACCGCCACCCCUAAAGACGGCGAAGAAGAAAUAGGUGGCUGCAGCGGUGGGCGGAUGGUGAUGGUGCGGAGCUUGGAGGAGGCGCUCCAGUAUUUGGGGAGUCUCGGCGGGGAAUAUGGGCUGGGGCAAAAAGGGGGGAGGCUGUUGGGCCGGGUGUUUGUCAUUGGCGGCGGGGAGAUCUACCGCGCUGCGCUGCGGAUGAAGGAGGCGAGGCGGGUGCUGCUGACGAGGGUCAGGAGCGAGUUUGAGUGUGAUACUUUCUUUCCGUUGAGGUUGGAGGACGGGGCGGAGGAGAUGUUGGAUCGCCGGUGGCGGCGGAGCGGGCAGGAGGAGAUGGAUCGGUGGGUCGGUGAGGAGGUGCCGAGGGGCGUGCAGAGUGAAAAUGGAACUGAGUAUGAGUUUGAGAUGUGGGAGCGCGUGGAUUAG